GCAACAUUAAUGUUACCCUCAACUAAUUCGUUUAAUAAUAUUUUUUGCGAAAUUGAUACAAAAAUGGGAGAGUUAUUAAGCCAUAGAGUGACCCUACUAAUCGUGGCUGUUUGCUGUAUAGCGGACUUUUUAGGGUGUGUGACAGGUCAGGAAAUUUGCAGGGAUGGAGAAAGAUAUUCACCACAUUCGGAGUGCAAAUUUUACUGGGAUUGCAACUCUGGUGGGGACCCGAUUUUACGGGAAUGCCCGGCCGAUUUAUUUUGGGAUGUUGGAAUCACGGCGUGCAAUCUGCCAGAAAAUGUGCCAGAAUGCGUGGGUGGAACCAGACCACCAAUCAUGACCACAACUACUCCGACGACGACGCGCCGACCCACAGCAGCUCCGUGCAACGGGCAGUGCUGCAUCGACGAUGUCUAUUACGGUCUUUCCGGCCCUUUGAAUGUUACCUUCGACCCAAUCUUACAGAUGGAUGAGGGGAGUACAUUUAGCAACCUUUACACGCAUGGGGUUUCAACGAUACAGUUCCUGUGUCUUUUUGGCAUAAAUGGCGGCGGGGGACAGAUAAAUCGCGUGGCACACGACUUUUAUUUCCAGGGGGACUACGACAUUCGGGGUUAUCUUGAUAUGUACCCAUUUGCAAGUUCAUGCCUGCCGUCGGGAAACUUUAGUGGGACAGGUGUAGCUACUUUUGAGGUGCAAAACCUCAUCUGGGUUGCCGCGACGACACAUUACUUCAACAUAAAUACGGGUGAAGUAAUACUUCGAAAUUUGACAAUGUAUAUAUCAUUCGACCGGGUUUAUCUGGAUUUGGGGCCAAAUUUUCGCAUUAAUGGGAGUCCCGUGGAUUGGGAGGCGUUCAAUGCUAACUUACACUCUUGUUUUCACACCGAAUUUAAUCAGUACAAGGGAGAAAUUGAGACAAAAUUAAUGUCCGCGAUUAAUGAUCGUUUCGCACAGUUUAAUCUGUACGAAAUUAUCGAAUUCCUUUUUGAGGGGAGUUGUCCACGUUGCUAUCCUAUUUAAAAUCUUGGAGGAACAAUGUCAUCCAUCAAUGAAUGAAGGGAGGGGUAUUAAACUCCCAUUAAUGCACCAUUAGUUGGAGUAGUUAAGUAUCUAUUUAUGUAAUUGUUCAUGACAUUAUGUAAUCUAUCACCUAUGUACAUAAAUUUAAACAUAUUUUUAGAAUAAUAUAUAUUCC